GGGGCAAAAUACUUCCCUCGGGGAAUUCAUUUUCGCACCUUUGUUCCGGAUAUUAUUGUAAAAAUUGUGUUUUUUUCAACAGAGUCAUCUUAUACACAUGCCUACCUUGAAUAUUAAGUGAGAUAUGUAGGAGGAGUAUUUCACAAUUACUGAACCGGAAACAUUUUGCACGGAUGUUAAAAAUUAGCUCUAAUUGUACGAGGAUCUAUUUACUGUACUACUGCAGUAGUACUACUACUUCCUCUACUACGCAGUAUUUUUAUUUACUGCGCUGUCUGUGUCCUCUGUAACUGUGUGUGCAGUAUAUCCCUGAAAUCAAGCUGAACAGCCAGAUUUCUUUAGGCCAAUGCCACCCAAGAGAGACGCAGGAGCGCUUCUAUCACAGCCGUCAGUCAAGAUGAUAAAAGUCGGCCCUGACGUGCAGGGCUUUGGCUGUGAUCCAGUGGAGGAUAAGUACAGGAUGGCUGAUGAAUCCGGCUACUCACCUUUCCUCAACAACGAGCAUGAACCCCUUGAAUUUGAUGAAGAGAAUGUUGCAAGCCCAGGCAUCAGAACAGACACCAUCAGUCUCCUCAUGAAAAUAGAGCAACUGCAGGCACAACUCAAGUAUGAGCGCAGAUGUAGGAUUUUGGCUGAGAGGGAGCUAAGGGAGCUGAAAGAGAUGAACACUCUCAUGAUGCAGAUGAGACACACGGCACAUGAACUUCGAGUCACUCUGGAUCACGUUCUUCAAGGAGGUGAGGCAGCAGUGGCAACACAGAACUCUCAAGACGACAACAUGUCCUUCCUAGCGGAGCCUGAGGCAGAGAUGAGAGCGGUUCAUAACAUCUCAGAGGAUGAUCACAACUUCCUCUAUCUAGCUGAGAAUCUUCGAGUGCCCAAAAAUCUGUACGAGCGCAUUGCAGAGAUCGGAGACUACAAGAAGUACACGUCAGCACUACUGAUGAUCCUUUUCGACAGAGAAACUUUGGCCACACACUCUCUGCAGGGCCGCAGGAACACCUUCACUGGAGAAGACUGCCACAAGCCUCAGCUCCCACCUGAGAUUCUGAGGAGCAUAAUCGAUCAUGUGACGGUCAAGUUUGGUGUGGACAGCAGCCAAAUCAAAACUGCAAUCCGCACAAAGUUGAACAAUGAGGACAAACUAUUAAAGAAGAGACUGGGUUUGGGAAAAGCUGAACACAAAGCCGUUUUUGAUCAGAGCCUUUGCCAAGAUGCUUCACUCCUCCCUGAAAACGGAGCUAUGACAAGUGAUUCUCAGUUAUAGCCCUUUGAGUCUGCCUUCAUGUGUCAUGUGUGAUAGAAAUGUGUGACAGGUUGCCUUCUGUCAAUCCACACAUUACUGAUGAACUAAUGGAAUCUAGUGUUUGAAGUCACUUUUUUCACACUUUUUAUAACUUUUCCUAUGUUAUGUAGUCCAUUCAUACUGGGGUUACUUUUCGUGUGUAAAGUAGGAUAUUUAAAAACGGUUUCUCACUCAUAGGAAAAUAGUUUGUACCCUGUUGUCGAUGACACACUGUGCAUUAAACCACAAUACUGUG